UUCCUCACCUCUAUAUAAACAUAAGCCAAAUCCUCCUUUUCAACACACACUUAAUUGGAGCAGCAUCACAGCUCUCUUCUCUGCAAGAAGAACAAAAAAAUAGAGAAGGAAAAUGGGUGUUGCUCUUCUUUCACUUGUUAGGCACUUUGUUCUCUUUUUCAUCACAUUGGGUCUCAUUCCUCAUCAGCAAACUCUUGCAAGCAUAACAAGGCACUACAAAUUUGAUAUCCAACUGCAAAAUGUGACAAGGCUGUGCCACACCAAGAGCAUUGUAACCGUAAACGGACAAUUUCCUGGGCCUCGAAUUGUUGCUAGGGAGGGUGAUCACCUCCUCAUUAAAGUGGUUAACCAUGUUCAAAGCAAUAUCUCCAUCCAUUGGCAUGGGAUUCGACAGCUUCAAACCGGGUGGGCCGAUGGUCCGGCAUACAUUACUCAAUGCCCGAUGCAAACCGGCAACAAUUAUGUGUAUAACUUUACCAUUAUAGGCCAAAGAGGCACGCUUUGGUGGCAUGCUCACAUUUCAUGGCUAAGAUCAACCACCUAUGGCCCCUUAAUCAUUCUUCCCAAGCGUGGUGUUCCUUAUCCAUUUACCAAACCCUACAAGGAAGUUCCCAUCAUCUUUGGAGAAUGGUGGAAUGUGGAUCCUGAAGCAGUCAUAAACCAGGCCCUGCAGACUGGGGGAGGACCAAAUGUUUCUGAUGCUUAUACGAUUAAUGGCCUCCCAGGACCUUUGUAUAACUGCUCUGCCAAAGAUACAUUCAAGCUUAAGGUUCAAGUAGUUGGGAAGACAUACCUUCUGCGCUUGAUCAAUGCAGCACUGAACGACGAACUUUUCUUCAGCAUUGCAAAUCAUACCCUCAAAGUAGUCGAAACAGACGCUGUUUAUGUUAAGCCCUUCGACACCAACACCAUUCUCAUUGCCCCGGGACAAACUACAAAUGUUCUCCUCAAAACCAAGCCUAACUUCCCAAAUGCCACAUUUCUCAUGACCGCAAGGCCAUACGUGACUGGUCUAGGCACCUUUGACAACUCCACUGUUGCUGCCAUUCUAGAGUACGAAACUACUACACUUCACUCAAUCCUCCCAUUGAACAAACUUCCGCUCCACAAACCAAUUCUCCCAGCUCUAAACGACACAUCGUUUGCAACAAAGUUCGCCAGCAAACUCCGCAGCUUAAACACUCCAGAGUUCCCAGCGAACGUCCCGCAGAAAGUUGACAAGCGUUUGUUCUUCACAAUAGGACUUGGAACCAACCCAUGUAGCCAGCAGCAGCACAAAAACCAAACCUGCCAAGGACCCAAUGGAACCAUGUUUGCUGCUUCAAUCAACAACGUUUCUUUUACUAUGCCAAACACUGCCUUACUCCAAUCCCACUUUUCUGGCCAAUCAAAGGGAGUUUAUUCCCCUGACUUUCCGAUCAGCCCUUCAAUUCCAUUUAAUUACACAGGGGCCCAGCUGAACAAUACUAAUGUGAGCAAUGGUACAAAACUUAUGGUGCUUCCGUUUAACACUAGUGUGGAGUUGGUGCUGCAAGACACUAGUAUUCUUGGUGCUGAAAGCCAUCCUCUUCAUCUUCAUGGAUUCAACUUCUUUGUUGUUGGUCAAGGGUUUGGCAACUUUGACCAGAAUUAUGACCCUAGGAAGUUCAAUCUGGUUGACCCCGUUGAAAGAAACACGGUGAGUGUGCCCUCUGGUGGGUGGGUUGCCAUUCGGUUUCUAGCAGAUAACCCAGGUGUCUGGUUCAUGCAUUGCCACUUGGAAAUUCACACUAGCUGGGGCUUGAAGAUGGCUUGGGUAGUCUUAGAUGGAGAGCUUCCCAAUCAAAAGUUGCUUCCUCCACCACUGGAUCUUCCUAAAUGCUGAUGAUAGAAGUUUAGCUACUCAUUCUAAUAUUCUAUAUAUAACCUCUGAACCUGAUCAAAACAUGUCCCCAAGAAUUUUGUAACCCAUUGAUUUAUUCUUUGGCACUAUUGAUAUACUUCAAUUUUCUUUCAUUUUGUUUAUGCAGCCGAUUUGAGGCAACGCUAUCUAUCUGUAACAUUCAUAUUUCUUUUUUUGAAUAGAGGCUA